UCUUCUGGGUGCUGCUGUGGCUUUAAGGAAGCCGGGCUCGGCCCGGGGGAGGCGGAGAAAUCCCGUCCGCCCGGAUCUCCGGCUUCCGGCAACUCGACAGGGCUGCGACCCACGCUGAGCAUCUCAGGCCCUCCGGACCGCUGGACCCCCAGCCGUGUGAGACCCCUGAAACUUUCCUUCUUCACCGCUUGGGAGAAGACCCCCUGGCUGAAUGGCAGCUGUGGAUGACUUGCAGUUUGAAGAAUUCGGUGAUAGAGCCACUAGAGCCACUUCUCUGGCAGCAAGCCCAGAUGCUGCCACAGUCAGCAUUGAGGAUCCUAGUGACGCCUCCAAACACCAGCCAGGACCCCCAGGACGCUUGGGGAGAGAAGAAGACGAUGAGUUGCUGGGAAACGAUGACUCUGACAAAGCCGAGUUACUGGCCAGCCAGAAAAAAAGCUCCCCUUUCUGGACAUUUGAAUACUACCAGACAUUCUUUGAUGUAGACACUUACCAGGUCUUUGACAGAAUAAAAGGAUCUCUUUUACCAAUACCUGGAAAGAAUUUUGUCAGGUUAUACAUCCGUAGCAACCCAGAUCUCUAUGGCCCCUUUUGGAUAUGUGCCACACUGGUCUUUGCCAUAGCAAUUAGUGGGAAUCUUUCCAACUUCUUAAUACAUCUGGGAGAGAAGACAUACCAUUAUGUGCCCGAAUUCCAAAAAGUGUCCGUAGCGGCUACCGUCAUCUAUGCGUAUGCCUGGCUUGUUCCUCUCGCUCUCUGGGGUUUCCUCAUGUGGAGAAACAGCAAAGUGAUGAACAUCGUUUCCUACUCAUUUCUGGAGAUUGUGUGUGUCUAUGGCUAUUCGCUCUUCAUUUAUAUCCCCACAGCAGUACUGUGGAUCAUCCCCCAGAGAACUGUUCGCUGGAUCCUAGUCAUGAUUGCCCUGGGCAUCUCAGGGUCUGUCUUGGCAAUGACGUUUUGGCCAGCUGUUCGAGAGGAUAACCGGCGCGUUGCCUUGGCCACCCUUGUGACGAUCCUGCUGCUGCAUGUCCUGCUUUCUGUGGGCUGCUUGGCAUACUUCUUUGAUGCUCCAGAGAUAGACCAUCUCCCAACAACCACAGCCACUCCAAACCAGACAGUAGCAGUAGCCAAGUCCAGCUAACAAGGAAAGCAAGAGGUUGCAUUUUCAUCUUGUGUGUUCUCCCAUGUUUAGGGGAGUGUGGUUCUUUUGGACAUGACAUCCACUCCAUGAAAGCCAAAGGUGCGGUGCCGGCAGGAAACUGGUCAUUGCCUCACUGAAGGCCCACCACCCGUUUAACAAGCAAAACUUGAGUGUUGGUCUGGGGGAAUCACUCAGUAGUAGAAUACUUGCCUAGCAUAUGUGAGGCCCUAAGCUCAAGUUCCAAUUCUGAAAAAAAAUAAAGGAUGCUCAACA